AUUUUAUUUUAUAUUUAUUAGACCCCAUGCAAAAAAAAUUGACUGUUCCUGAAGAAUAUUGCAAGAUGCGUUUAGCGAUUUUCAUUGUCACGGCUAUGCUUGUGAUCAUCUGCACCACUUCUAUCCGAGCCAGCAGUGAGGACUCGGACUCAGGAUCUAGAACUUAUUAUAACAAAGAAAAGGAAAUAAAAAAGAUAAGUUCUCUUCAAAAAGAGAAUUUCAAUAAACCAGGCAAUAAUAAAAGAGACCGGUCAUGCUGCAAUGUGCAAACGCCUACUUUCAUUAAGGAGCGCAUGAGAAAAUACCCAUCAGGAGAAUGCAAAUACCUGCCGAGAUCACCACAAAAGACGUCCUUCUUUGAGGCUUUGGAGACUUGCCAAAGGUUGGGCUUACGACUUGCCACUCCUUACAGCCAAACUAGGAACAACGAUCUUUAUGCAAUUCUCGGCGGUGUAUUGGACGUCUGGAUCGCUGCUUCUGACUUGGGCAGUGAGAGCUUUUUCUACUGGGUGACAACUCAAGAACCGUUGACGUUCACUUAUUAUGGUGGUAUUCCUGGUAUCCCCAACAAUGCAUUUAAUGAGGAGCACUGUCUCAUUUUGUAUGCACCAAGCGGGUAUUGGGACGAUAUUCAGUGUGGUAAUUAUUACUAUUUUGUUUGUGAAGAAAGAACGUGUUAAUUUUUCAGAUUCACUUAAUUUAUAAAUCCACACAUCGUGGGAAUUACAAAAAAAAUUGUCGAAUAAAUGUAAUCGUUUCUAUGUGAAAAUGGAGCGAGAGCUUAAUUUUGAAAUAAAUUUUUAAUUAAACCAUGUA